CUCCCCUCUCCGUGUCCACGUGGUCCGUAGAGGAAGUGACGCGUGGGGGACCCAGGAGCUGCGGAGAGAGGGCGACGGCGGGGACACCGGAGGAGCCGUGGGGUCUCCCAAGUAGAGACCCUCGAGUCAACGCAGUCGCGGGGGCGGCCGGGACCGCCAGGCCAGAAGCAUGGCCACCACAUUGGACUUGAAGUCCAAGGAAGAGAAGGAUGCAGAGUUGGACAAACGGAUUGAGGCCCUUCGGAAGAAGAAUGCAGCCUUGAUCCGGCGUUACCAGGAGAUAGAGGAGGACCGGAAGAAGGCUGAAUUGGAGGGGGUGGCCGUGACAGGGCCCCGGAAGGGGCGCCCUGCCGAGAAGGAGAAUGUUGCUGUGGACAUGGAGAAGAGCAUGGGCUCAGGCCGCCGGCUGCCUGCCCCUGCCCGGGCCCAAGGGAGCACUGGGAAGGGGGGCCGCAAUGCCCCACAGCGAGGAGGACGUCCUGGUCUGGGUAGAGGGUCCAGGUACUGGGAAGAAGAGGUGGUAAUCUAUGUGGAGCCCCCACCAGCACGAAGCGGAGGAGGCCGAGGCCGUCGCAGCCGGGGAAGAGGAGGGGCGCCUUACCCUUCUGGGACCAGUAUGGCAGCUGGGGAUGCCUCAGCCCCAGACAAGAGAUCCAAGGAGUGGGAGGAGCGACGUCGUCAGAAUAUUGAGAAGAUGAAUGAAGAGAUGGAAAAGAUAGCCGAGUACGAGAGAAAUCAGCGGGAUGGGCUCCCUGAAAAGAACCCUGUCCGGAAUUUCUUGGAUGAUCCUCGUCGCAGUGGACCCCUACAGGAGUCAGAGCGGGACCGACGGGAGGGAAGCCGGCGCCAUGGACGGAACUGGGGUGGUGCUGACUUUGAGCGUGUACGCAGCGGCCUGGAGCAAGAACGUUAUGGGCGUCGGGCAGGACCAGGUGGGGACAUGACACUGUCCAUGACGGGCCGGGAGCGGGCUGAGUAUCUGCGAUGGAAGCAGGAGCGUGAACGCAUUGACCAAGAGAGGUUGCAGCGGCAUCGGAAACCCACGGGCCAGUGGCGCAGGGAGUGGGAUGCGGAGAAGACAGAGGGCAUGUUCAAGGAUGGCCCUAGCACUGCAUCAGAGCCACCUGCACAUCAUGAUGAGGGCAGCAGCCGACCCCCCAAACCCCCAACCUUUGGGGACUUCUUGUCCCAACACAAGACAGUGCCUGGCAACCGUAGGAGGAGGAAGACAAGCCGUCCUCGGGUCAAGGGGCCCCCCCGGGGCUACAGCCACCAUGAUGACCGCUGGGAGCCUAAGGAAGAGGUGGAGGACUUGCCUGCGGCUCCCCAGGAGCAGCCCUCCGUCCCAGAGCCAAAGCCUGAGGCCCCCAGCACAGCCCCAGAGCCCACAGCUCCAGAGGAAACCGAAGCCACAGCUGAUGAGGAUGAGGACCAGUGGGAGGAUGUGAGUGGUGACGAUGACGAAGAGGAUGAUGAAGAGGAUGGAGACUCUGGGGGGGAGGAGGAGGAGGAGGAGGAGGAGGAGGAGGAGGAAGAGGAAGAAGAGGAGGAGGAGGAGCAGCAACAGCAAGCAGGUGCUGGUGGCUCAGGGCAGGCCCCAGGACCCAAGCAGGGGAGUCCUGCCCCUGAGGCCCCAGCCAGCCCCUUUUCUCCUGCUGGAGGCCACCAGCCGGUGUCCGACUGGGGAGAGGAGAUGGAGCAGAGCUCACCGAGAGCCACCCAGCCUGAUCCCAGCUCCAACCCUGGUGCCACCCCCCCUGGGGAGGGGAAGUGACCGGGGCAGGGUGCAUGCUUGGCUCAGAGAGCCAGCUCUGGCUCUCAUUGAUCUAGUCCCAUCCCCAUUGCAGAGUUGGGGCAUGUUGGGCCCUAGUGUGAGAUCUGGGGGGUCCGAGGUUGCUUCUCCCCAUCAUUCCGUCCAGCACUUCCCACAACCCCCCUGGAAGUUCUGGGUCAUUCAGCCUCCCUGCUGGGGGACAUGGAGGCAGAGGGGGGAGGGGGUGGUGCCCUAGGGACUGGGGGUGGUGGAUUCAUCCCUUCCUGGUGCAGGUCGCUGUCCCUAAUGCUUGGAUCCCUGCCUCGGUGGUACGGGAGGGAAGGGGCUCGGCCUUUCUCUUCAUCCUGCGCCCUCUCCCACCAAUGUUAAUAAAAGAGCCCGCUGUAAGGAC